AUGUAUACCCCGGCUUCUAUCGACGAGUAUGUACUUUUGGGAAAGAUCAUCGAAAGGCUUAAUGGCGCCGCAGUAUUCAAGAGUAUCCCUAAGGCAGCGAUGUCUGAGGGGUAUGUGCCACCAGAUAAAGGGAACAUAGUGUUUAUCGUAGCGACCAUAUCAAUAGCAGUGGCGCUAGUCUUGGUUGGAGGGAGGCUUUACACGAGGAAAGUCUACAGCGGAAAACUAGGUCUGGACGAUUGGAUGAUCAUUCCAGCGAUGAUAUUGACCUUGGGAUUUACUGCUGUGCAAAUACUUGCGGUUAAAAACGCUCAUAUGGGGAUGCAUGUUUAUGACAUAAGCCCGUAUGCAAUGAUCGAAGGCACCAAACUUACCUACGCCCAUAUGAUACUCUACGUCUACUCCAUAAUGUUCACAAAACUCUCGAUAAUCCUUUUUAUCCGACGACUCUCUUUCGAUAAAAUGUGGCAUAUUUGUAAUGGAUUCUUCGCUUUUCACGUCUUAUUCGGCGUCGCAAGUUCUUUGGCAUUAGCUUUCCAAUGCAAGCCCAUCGCCGCUGCAUACGACCUCCUAACGAAACUAGAACACCAAUGCAAUGCUUUAACUAUGUACUAUGCCAUAACUUCCAUCGGUGUUGCCUCGGACAUCGCCCUCCUUUUCCUACCUGCACCGAUAGUAUUCAAACUGCAGCUACCGCUCUGGAAAAAAAUUGCUGUGUUAUUCCUUUUUAGUCUUGGUGGACUCGCCUGUAUCUUUGCUAUCUUGCGGAUGAUCCAUUUGUUCGAUGGAGUAAGAGGGAUUGACCUAACUUGGGAUAUCGUUCCUGUCGCAUUAUACGGACAACUAGAGGUUACCCUGGCAAUAAUAGCGACAUCACUACCUGCGUUGAAAGUUCUAUGGAAGGGUUGGCUACCAAGACUCAGCAACUCGAUAAACUCCAGAGUGAAGAGAUCGAACCACAGCGAGCAUAGCGGAGGAAGUGGCGAAGCACACAAUCGGUACGGGAGCCUCGCCAAAACGGGAACCAUAGAGAUAUCAAUUACAGAUAGGAGGCCUUCAGGCAUACACGAAGAUAUUGAAAUGGGUGGCGGAAUAGCAUGGCGUACUGUCGAAUUCGGGAACGGUGUUCCGCCAGAGCCUGCUAGCAUGGUUGUGAAUAAAAUGAAUAGCAGAGACGGCGAUGGGAGAGAUAGGACACCACUGUCAACUGCAGACGGCGCCCUCUUAGACGUUGAUGAGAGGAUGUUCCCUAUCCCUCCCACCAGAUCAAGACAGAAUAGCAGAGCCACCAGCGAGAUUAGUGCUGAAAGUGAUGUCAGCUUGGGAAAUUGGAUCAACAUACGGAAUAAUUCAUUUGCGGCUGUAGGGACGCCGCUCAGUCCGAUGCCACAGCUGCCACAGGCGACAUAUGAUCGGCCAAGAAAGGACUCGGAGGUAGUUGUUAGAUGGUGA